AUGUCGAAUUCACCUUCAGCAGCAUCUGGUUCCUCAUCCUCACCACGUUCAGCAGUCGGCAAAGAGGCACUUGCCCUGCCUUCACCACCUCUCCGCAAAUCAGACUCAGUCAGUUCGCGAUCGUCUUCAAUCCCUUCCAUCAACUCACCAAACACAAUUACACAGAACCGCAUGUCGGGAUCACCCACCACACCCUCCCUCGAAGGCUGGCUAGCAUGGCGACCGACGGGAACGUCGACGUGGUCAACAUCGUAUCUGAGCAUCGAAUACGGAAGUCUGAUUCAGCGCACCAACGAAGCGGAACGACACCGAUCUGGAUACCUCAUCCAAGACCUCCGUGGCACGAAGAUCACCACUCGCGGCGCAGUCGGCGAAGGCGAAAAGUGGAACACCGCACACGCCUCCAUCGACAUCGACGGCAUCGUCGAAGUCCGUCCCGCAGUCGCCAGCGCUUUCAAUUCCUGGCUCAACGCCCUAACAUGGUGGAGUCAACAAGUUCGGCCAUACCACCCUCCAGCAAUGGUCCGCUCCAUCUCCUCGACGAACGCAAAUGAGAGAGAUGAUGAUAGGAGGAGCUUGUUAAGUUUGAAGAGGAGUACGCUUGAACGACCACUUUCGAGUUGUGGGUAUGAGAGUGGAGCGAAUGUGAGGGGGUUGGAACAGGAGUUGCAGCAUUUGAGUAUUCGGGGUGCACCGGGGGUUGCGCAUAGACGGAGUAUGGAAUCAUUAAGAAGUACGGAGACCGAGAGUGAAGUCAGUGGGACGAUUGUCAAGGCGGGAUCUUUAUUGCUUUGGGACGUGUCUAUCGACCUUGCUCCCGUUUACCAAAAAGACCCACGGAAGAACCACGAUCAUUGGAAACGUGUAUCGUGUAUCUUGUACGAUAACGGAAACCUACAUAUCCUUCGCGAAAGUGAUGGAUUGCAGAUUAUGCGGUUACAGAUCGCGCAGUUUAAGAGGUCAUGUAUCCAGCUUGUUCACCCAUCGCUUCUGGGGACGCCGUACACGGUUGCGAUUUACAGCAAGUACGUGCCAGGGGCAUUGAAUAAGAUGUUGUACAUUGCUGCGCCGGAUGCGGUUGUUUAUGAGAGUUGGUAUGUUCUUCUUAGAUGUUUCGCGCAGGGACUUUACGGGAAUCCGGAGGGUACCUUUCGGGUACAACAGUCUCUGUAUAUGCGUGUCGCUGACGCGCGGGGGUUGUCGGAGUAUCGCUCGUCAAACUCGAAUGGGUUGUAUUUUGAGGUGGUCGUCGGAGGAGAGAUAUGUGCACGAUCCGCUGUAGUUAGUGAGGAUGAGCAGGAACGCUGGCUCGAGGACUUUGAGUUUCGGGAUUUCUAUUCGAGGCGGAUGCCUGUUGUGUUGUUGCUCAAGGAAAUUGACAAAAAGGGUGUCAAGACCGUUGUUGGGCAUACGGAGUUGGAUGAGAAGGCGCUCAUGCCGAGGUAUGAUGCGUUUGAGACGUGGUAUCCGGUACGAUAUGUUCCCGGUGUCAAUGGUGGCCGGAAUAAAGAACAAGGCGCGUUGUUGAUUCGGAUGAGGGUUGAUGAGAGCACCAUAUUGAGGGAGGAGGAGUACGUGAAGGUCACCAAGUUGAUGCAGGACUAUAGCAAUAAUGUCGUUGCGACGUUGCGGAACGAUAUCAUCGACAUGGACCGGAUUGCGUUGCUCUUCAUUCGGAUCUCAAUAGUGGAUGACACUUUCCCCGAUUUGAUGACGCAUCUUGCUGAACUGGAUUUGAAGCAUUCAAAUCAUGAUUCGGGAAUUCAUGUGGUGAGAAAGAGGAGUGAGGAAAUGGGGAGUAACGUUGCGCCGAAUCCGAUUGAGGAGAUCGUUGCGGGACGCGAGAUCAGGAGAGAAGCAAAUGGGUUCUUUCGGGAGAACACAUUGCUUACGAAGGUGAUGGAUUAUACGAUGAAGCGCGUAGGAGGGGCGUAUCUGCAGGAGAUCCUGGGGAAGACGACUAAGGAGAUUUGUGAAAAGGAUAUUCUCUGUGAAGUUGAUCCUGCACGGUUGAAGUCUAAGUCUGGCGACGAGCUCAAGGUGAAUUGGCGGAAUCUGAUUGGCUAUGUCAAGCGGAUUUGGAAGGCCAUUUACGAUAAUCCUGAGCUCGUGCCUCACCCUCUUCCCAUACUGUUCAAGAGGAUCAGGGAUGCGGCGACUUCGAGGUAUGGACCUUCGUCUCAGACUAAGGUGCGGUACCCUGUCGUUGCUGGAUUUCUAUUCCUUCGCUUCAUCGUUCCGGCGAUUCUGAAUCCGAGAGUCUUCGGUCUGAUGCGUACACAUCCUUCGCCAAACGCCCAGCGUACAUUGACGCUCAUCGCGAAGUCGCUCCAAGGGUUUGCCAAUGCAGUGCCGUUCGGUGUGAAGGAGCCUUGGAUGACGCCGAUGAAUGAUUUCGCUCAAGAUAAUCUGGAAAAGCUGUGGCAGUUCAUCGACACAGUCUCCACUCCGAAGGACGAGCGGUUCUGGGUCAGGGUUCCGGGAUCGCAUGCACGCAAUGUCAUCUUGGAACGCCUACCGAAGAGGGAUCGCGAGGGUGUACCGACGCUUCCUUACGUGGUCGAUAGGGGCAAGGAGGUCGCGUCGCUGGUCCAGAUCUACUUGCAUUGGGUCAAUGAUAAGACUAACAACAUCAAACUGGAAGGCGCGAUGCUCGAGUUCCAUAAGGAGUGUGAGAGGAUAGACAAGUUGGCCCGCCAACUCAGAGCGACCCAGGAGAACUCCCUGAGAUCGGGACCGUGUGUAGCUACGUCGGAGGUGUUACCUUGGGAGCUUGAGCCGAUUCCAGCGGAUUUGUCGCUGGUUCUGACUGGGCGUUCAACUCGGUCUUCGAUGUUGGGCUUGCCUAGCCCAAGUCUUAUCCCAAGGGGCUUGAGACCGGGAAGCCCUUGUUCGAGUGCAGAUCUCGAGAGGUCAGACUCCUACUUCGACUCCAUGCAGAGUCAGAUCGAGUACGGCAGUAGCCCCAAAGGGCGAAAAGGAGAGUUCUUCGCAAAAAUUGAGAAGGGUGUCGGAGGACUCCUGAAAGGGAUGAAGAAGGAAAACUCGAGAGGGGAGAGGGAGUAAUCUGGUGGAAUAUGUUUGAAUUUGUUUGACGGCGUUCGCUGAUUUAUUGCUGGGAUCUAUGGGCGUUUAUGACAUGUUUUGCAGUCGCAGUUGCUUACUUGCACUUAAUUGCUAUUGCUAUGCACGAUACCGAAGGGGAAGGAGGAGGAUUUGCACGGGG